AUGGCUUAUUGGGUGGACAGAAGCGGAUACGGAGGAAGUGGUGGUCGUCCACAACCGAGCGAUGCAUUUGCCGACAGGUUUCAUAUGUAUACGUCGGGCGCGUGUCUGGACAGCGGAGAGCCGGGCGCGCGGGCGGGCAUUGGGGUCUUCUUCCCCCUCAGCCAACAGCUCAAUGUCUGCGAACCACGAGUCGGACUCCAGACCACCAAUAGGGCGGAGAUCGAGGCGGCCAUCCGUGGUCUACAAGUGGCCAAACACUUGGGUCAGUAUAGGGUUGUCGUCCACACGGACAGCAAUUUUGUGAUUAAGUCGAUGACCGAGUGGUUACACAAUUGGCACCAAAAUGGCUACAAGAAUAUGAAUGGCAGGGAUCUGCUCAACAAAGUGGACAUUCAGGCACUCGAGCGAGAGAUGCAAGCAAUGGAUGUCUUAUGGAAUAAAGUACCCGGACAUCGAGGAAUCCAUGGCAAUGAUAUGGCCCACCUAUUGGCCAACUCGGGCGCCCAUGUGUACUAA